AUGAUGGAAUGGCUCGCCGAAACCUGGAUCAUCCGCAUCCUCUUUUUCCUCAUUGCCUACUACGCCGCCAAUUCCCAGAUCGACCGUGCAACUCGCAAAGCAGAUUCCGCCGAGCACCGCGCCCGCCAGGCCGAAAGAGCGCUGGAGAACUCCCUGUCGGAUAUCCGCAUCAAUGCCAAUGAGUGCGUGGAGUUGCGGAAGAGAGUCAGCUAUCUCGAGGAGAAAAUGGACGAAUACGGGCGGGUGCUGGAAGCCUUGAGUGUUCCGAUACCCACGAUGAGUAUGGAGGACGUUAGCGAAAGGGUUGUGAGUCAUAAUAUGCAGAAUGGCCCUGUCGACGUGAAGACUGCGGUUGGAAUGGUGGGCGCGGCUGCCAUUCCUCUAGCGGGUGCACCGCCAAGAAUCGAGAACUUGUCGAUAUUGCAACAGCAUCCACAGCAUUAUAUUAUCAGAUCCUUCGAGUCAACAAAAGAACGAGGCGAGAGAUCUGCCAGCUCUUCCGAAGAAUCGACUUCGUCCGCAGGAGAAAAGAUAAAUAACUCUCUCCGGAGCAGAUUCGAGUCUAGCAAGGAGUCGGUAAUGUCAGUGUUGAGCAACUUCCCCGGCAGGAAGAACAAUCGAGGAAGCAAAGCUGGGGGCCUCUGGGCUGGCACGAUCUACAGCCCCACGCCUGGUGGCACUUUUAUUCAGAGGGUCAAAAGGUCACAGUCAAAGGCCACCACAGAGAGCUCUCUCUAA